UACUUCGUGGGUGAAGGCCGACGACAAGGUAGAGAUAAUGCUGAGGCCAGUAAAGAUCAUCUGAUCUUGUACCACUGCUGUAGGUGUCAGUAAUGGAGAUGGAUGUCGGUGUCCUUCUCGCCGUUCUGGUUCUAAUUUAUUCUGCAGCUAGUACACAGGGUGGUGGUGAUAGCUUCACCGUCACCGUCAACACCAACGGUAGUUACAGCAUCGCCGUCCAGGGAAAUAUCUGGCUCAAAAGCGCACCGACUUUCGUCAGAGCCAACGGGCAGAUUUACAGCACCGCAGAUGGCUCCUUGAAGCUUCUACAGACCACUGGAACAUCUGGUACCGACUUCAUCGGGAAAUGGCAGUCCACUAGCUUCCUCUACCAAGCCGACACGUGUCGCUUCUUAGCCAGCAUUUACUUCUACACGCCAGACCCAAGUAUCUUCUCAUAUAACAAUCCUCCUGAACAAUUUCUGCUCUUCAAACAGACGUACUUAACCCAAACGAAUGGCACAAAGGCACGGAGCGUUGAUGAAACCAUAGCUGGCUUCCCCGGGUUUGUUGUGAAGGAGGCGUCGGUCCCGCUUGGCUACUUGUCCUACGGCGGUGGUCAGUUUGGAUAUGGCAUGAAAACAUUUGGACAAUUUGGACCAAAACUUAACAUUUCUUCUGGCAUCGAAAGUGGUCCCCUGUCUAUAUUUGACCGGGUCAAGACACCCAAUACCCUCAUCCUGUCCCCUGCAAGUUCCUUCAUGUCCGCCAAUCUCUGGCGCCAGAACACCAGCACCGGAAGCAACCUCUACUGGGGAACAAUGGGUGGCGUUACAGAUGUCCCUGCCAACUUUGAAACCAGCACCAUCCUCUUCUUCAGCAACCAAGGUAUCAACAAGGGAUUCGUUAGCUGGGGUCAGAUUCUACAGAAAUGGUACGGAAGAGACAACAGUUUUGUGAAGUCAGAUUUUACCAGCAACUAUCUGGGGUACUGGACAGACAACGGCGCCUAUUACUAUUACCACACAGAACCUAAGAAAGAUUACCAAGACACCAUACUGGACAUUGUUACCUCCAUCAAGGACACAGGUAUUCCCUUCAGGUACCUGCAGUUCGACUCCUGGUGGUACUACAAAGGUGCAGGGAACGGCGUCAAGACAUGGGAGAGCACCCCUGAAGUAUUUCCGGACGGCAUGCAGUGGCUGUACAAUAAAACAAGAUUCCCAAUUUCAGCCCAUAACAGAUACUGGGCAAGCGACACAACAUAUGCCAAACAGAAUGGUGGUCAAUAUUCUUUCAUUGUUGAAGGUACAAAAGCUCUUCCGCUUGACCAGAUAUUCUGGGACGACCUUCUCUCCAAUGGUCGAAAAUGGGGUUUAGUGACAUAUGAACAGGACUGGCUGCAAGGGGAGUUUGGCGGAGUUCCUUCUCUCACUGAAGAUGUCUACCUGGCAGAGAUGUGGCUCAAUCAGAUGGGACGUGGAGCUGCCAAGAAUGGUCUGACCAUCCAGUACUGUAUGGCCCUCUGUCGACACGCACUUCACGCGAUUUCCAUCCCCGUCGUGACACAGGUAAGAGCUAGCACAGACUACCACCCUGGACGUCAACAAUGGCGUAUCGGCGUGACGUCCAUGUUAGCCUGGGCUAUUGGCAUUGCUCCUUUCAAAGAUAACUUCUGGACCACAACUGUUCAGCCGCGAGGUCGUAAUACAGACAGAACAGAACCGUACCCGGAAUUGAACGCUCUGGUGGCCACCCUCAGCACAGGGCCUGUCGGACCAAGUGACAUGAUCGGCAAAUUCAACAAGACAAUCAUUAUGAAGAGCGCGAAUUCUGAGGGACUGAUCCUGAAGCCAUCAAGACCCGCCACAGCUAUUGACAACAUGAUCAGAAGGCUGGCAUGGAACGACUUUGAAGGCCCAGAUGGGGAAGUAUGGUCGACGUAUUCUGACUUUGGUGGAAGCAACAAAUAUGGCAUAGUGCUUGCUGCGGACCUUCAAGGGAACUACACCAUGACGCCGUGUAUGGCUGGGUUCCAAGGGUUCCCCAAGUCUAUGGUGUUCCCUGCGAAAGACCCCAACAAGGUCCAACUGCUGACAGACCCCCAGCCUCUCCAGAUGAGUGGCUGUACCAUGGUGGACUUCUGUCUGUACUAUGUCUCGCCCGUUGUAACAUUUCAAGGACAUCAGGUCUUGAUUCAAGGAGAACUCGAUAAGUGGGUGCCAAUGUCACCACAGAGAGUUGUCGACAUCAACGUUGACGUCAGCGACAUCAACGUCCGUAUUGCAGGAGGGGCUAAUGAAAUUGUCAACUUCUGGUUCAACACCGACGGAGUGUCAAAAGGUCUCACGUGUGACAUCAAUGACUCUGGCUUUGCUUCUAUUAGUUACAAAUCGUGGGGAUGUACAUCUGAAUAGAAUACAAGAAAACAUCUCAGUUUAUGUUAUAACUUGUAUCAAUGAAUACCGUCAUAGAAAUAAAUGGUAUUAUGUAUAAAA